AUGGAGAAGGGGCUGUGGCAGCUGGCCCAGUGGAAAAUUGGGGGAGAAGGAGCCGGUUACAGACAGAGGAGCAAACUGUCUUUAUCACACUCCAUGAUCCAAGCUGCUAACAUCCACACUGAGCCCUACUUACCAGCCUUCUUCUCUCUUGCUGGAACCUCCUCUGUACUCGACCAGCAGCCUCAGCACCAUCCGACACUAUCUAUCAUCCAGACUGCAGCAAGGUGA